CGAGGAAGAACUGGUUGGAGAAUGGAGAUCAUAUCCAUUCACAUUUCAUUUUCCAGCCGGAAGGCGAAAGGGUGGAUAAGAUGAGACGGACGAUUCCACUGAUUAUCCUCAGUCAGCCAGAACAAAAAAACAGAAAGCAAAUUCGAUUCGAGAUCGAUCUUCACACGGUUCCUACUGCACAUGUGAAGACCGGUGAGCUGCGGAAGGCUCUGAUCAGAGCAUCCCAUGAUUUCAUGAGGUUCCUUGGACAUGCCAUGGAUGGUAAUGAUGACGGCGGCGCAUGGGGACGACGGCGGCGACGGGGGAGGCGUGUGCUGCGGAGAUUGGGGCAGCGGGUGCUGCAGCGACGGGGACGACAGGUGCCGCGGCGACGGGCUAAUGGCUAUAGUUUAUAGAUUGGGGCAUAUGGUUUUAUGGUAAAAAAUGUAAGGGCAAAUAAGUCCAUAAAAAUAUUUAUUUAUUUAUUUAUAAGAUAUUAUGAAUUUAAAUACGGAGUAUUAUUUUGGGAAAAACUAAUGAGGGCAUGUAUUGGAAAAAUGGAUGAGUUUUAGUCAUUAAUUUUCUCUUAAUAUAAUUAAUAAUAGUAACAAUCAUCUUGGUUUUCUAAUUUUAUUUGCUUAUAUGCAUAUAAUUGAGUUAUUUGAUUCUCUAUUAUAUACUACGGAUUAUUAUUUGAGCCAUACAUUUGAUUUUAUAGUAUUUAUUUAAUUAUUUAUUUAUAAUUUUUAUUUGUGUAUGUGUAUAUAUGUAUAUUUUAAAAAUAGAUUAGCUACUUAAAUUUUAAGAGUAAUUGCAUUGUUCGAAAAUGUUUAAAAUUAUGAGAUGUUAAUAAAGUAGCUACCGUUAAUGUUAACGGAAAAUUUUAACGGAAGGACUCGAUUAAUAUAGAUUAAAUAGAUUAAAGACUAAAAUGAUGGAUAUAGUAAUUCAAGGACCAAAAUGAUAUGGUAAUGAUAAUUGAGACUAUAUACAUUUUACUCAUAAUAAUAAAACAAAGUAGCUCCUAUUAGCAGGUGUAUACUAUUCUGGUUGUAAGCAAUUAUGGUUGCGUGUGCUAGUUGUGAGUUACCCACUUUUUUUGGAUAAUACAUCGAAAAGUCAGAUUACUUUGAUAAAAAAGGACACUUGUUGGCUUAUGUUAAAAUUUUGAACAUGACACUUUUAGGAAAAAAGAUCGGGGUACACAAAAUUUGUGUACAAAUUUCAAAAUUUGUGUACAAAUUUCAAAAUUUGUGUACAAAUUUUGUGUACCCUAGCUCCACCCAAUACCCCACUUUUACUCCUAUUGAGAUUUGAGAUUAUGCGCCUAGAGCAUACAGUCAUUCUUCAAAACAAGUUUUUUUUUUGGUUCAGGAAAACACAGGUGGUUAACUUAUUGGCAGGGAUGUGUUUGAGGGUCAUGCAAUUUCCCUAUUUCUCCUAGAUUUCACUUUCUGAUUUUUCCAUCUCCUCAUGAUCUGUUCUUCUUUUCUCCUUAAUGAUAAUGCAUUUUUGGACUCCGUCCCUAAUAAUUUUGCCAAGUUUGACCAGCACGUUGAUUAAUAAAGUAAAACUGUGUGGUUGAGAUUUGUGCAGAUGAGAGAGAAUUAACUGGAACCACAUAAUCUUUACUUAAAAGGGAAAGUUGCAAAGUUAGUGGGACAUCCAAAAAAGAAAAGUUGACAAAGUUAUAAGGGACGGAUAAGACAAAUUGAGUUGAUAAGUUGUUUGAGAGCUACUCCCUCCGUCCCAUUUAUAUUGUCCCGGAAGAGGGUGGCACGGUUAUUAAGAAAAGUGGGUUUGUGUGGUUGAUAUUAAUUGAUAAAGUCAGAAUAAAGUAACAAUGAUUUAGAGCCACACAAACAUUGCCAAAUAUGGUAUGAGACAAUAUAAGUGAGACUUCCCGAAAAGGUAAAACGGGACAAAAUAAAUGGGACGGAGGGGAGUACUAAAUUAGUAGACCAAUUGAUACAAUUUAGGCCCUCUUGGAUUAAGACAAUGUUAGUCGACAUGAUUUUGAUAUUUUGAGAUAUUUAUUUGAGCUAAAACAGUUUCUUCGAAAACAUUUUAAGUUUUGCACAACAAUUUUAAUCAUGCCUUUUGUAAUUUUUUUAUCUACCGAAGUUCUCAAAAUCACGUUUAAAAAAUGCAAAGUAGUACUACGUAUUAAACAACAUGAACUCAAUCAGAAAUUUAUCUAGUUUUCAGUUAUUUAAGGAAAUAUAACUUUUUAGUUAGUUUGGCGUUGACAAUACCGUUUGUAUGUUCUGCUUCACAUAUGAUUGUUUUUGUGUCUUUUUGUGUCUGUUGACUGAUAAGGUAUUUCCAUUUGAGAAAUGCAGGUACCCAAAAUGGGUACCCCAUUUGUACCUCACUCUAUGAGUGGCUCACAAAACUCCAACCCCACAAAAUAAUUGCCCCACUUAAUUCAUUGUUUUUCUAAACCACAAAACUAGGGAGGGGUACGAAAUGGGGUAGGAUUUGGGGUACCAAUAGCAAUUUUGUUUGCAUUUACUACCAAUUCUGUGCACGUGGGAAUGUAUUUGACUUUUCCAAUAAGAGCUUCCUUAUUUGUUCUGCCCACUAGGCUUGAAAUCACAAAGAUGUGGCAGUCUGUAAAUUUGUACGUAGUAUAUUGUUGGACCAUUGUGCAUUUGUAAUAUUACAGGGUCUCUAAAUUUAUAAUCUGCCAAAAAAGAGCUUCAUUAUUUGUUCUGUCCAGUGGGAUUGAAAUCACAAAGAAGAGCCACUCUACGAAUUGAAUCAUCAAAUAACUGGCAUUCUGUAAAUUUGUGUAUUGAAGGAUCAUUGUACAUGUGUAAAUGUGUAAUAUGUAUAUUAAUACUACCGUAACUGUAAUAUGUAUGUCAUGCAAUAUACAAUAGUGUAAUUGUAAUACUGUGUACCAAUUACGCUCUUAUCAAGCUCGUAAUUGUUGAAAGGUAUGAGUUUAA